GCGUGGAAAGGACCCACAUGGGCAGUGAGGAGGUUCCUGCAGUGAUCCAGUGCUACAAAGGUGGGAGGAGGCACUCACCUGAAUAGAACGCACGCGGGAAGGUCCAGGCUCCGAGAAAGCGCGGAAGCAGGCCGAACCCUUCUGACUCAGCUGCUUUCCUGGCCUGAGGUCCAGAUCUGAUUCGUGUCUAGUCAGACCUUUCUGCAUAUUUCAAUGAUUCCCAAGCUUCAAACCCGACCCCGCUUCAGCACCAUGGACAGCGCCACACCCGCUUCUGGGGACCACAUGCUCUCUUGGCUGGAAAGAGCGAUCCCGCUGUGGAUCCAGCCAGAGUUAAAGUCAUCAUCUCGCCCCAUGAUUGAAGGAGAAAAUACCUUCUUAUCUCCACUCCAAAUGCUCCAAGAGCCUGGGCUAUUGGCCCCCUCCAAGGAAAUGGCACAGGCCGUCUUGGUCACCACCACCAGCUCUCCCUACACCUCACAGUCAAGCUUAAUCGGGGGUGUGCGGGCAUGCAGGUGUGCAGGUUCCCACUGCCCUGCCCAGGGCCCUCUGCCCGCCGCUCGCUUGGCCUUCUCCUUCAGAGGGAUCCAGAAGGUGGAUCCUGCCCCAGAGGACAUCAGGGAAGGGAUGCGGCUGUUGCUGCUGCUGCUGCCGGUGCUGUGGGGAGCACCCCUAGCUCAGCGCCUGGAACUGCGGCAGAAUGUGACAGUGCAGGAGGGCCUGUGUGUCUUCAUACCCUGCAGAUUUUCCCUCCCCUGGGUUUCCUUUGGAAAGUUCUACAUGUUUUGGUUCCGGGAAGGGGCAGAUACAAAACGCGAUCCCCCAGUGGCCACGAACAAGCCAGAACAGAAGCUGCAUGAGGGGACCCAGGGGCGAUUCUCCAUCCCCGGGGAGCCCCAGGCCAGAAACUGCAGCCUGAGCAUCACGGAUGUCAAAGCAGGGGACAGCGGGACAUACUUCUUUCAAGUCGAGACACACUUCAGUAAAUUCCCAUAUCUAAACAAGAUGCUUUUUCUGAACGUGACAGCCCUCACCCACCAGCCCCAAGUCCGCAGCCCGGGGGCCCUGGAGCCCGGCCGCCCGGGGAACCUGACCUGCUCUGUGCCCUGGGCCUGUGAGCGUGCCACGCCCCCCACCUUCUCCUGGACAUCAGCUGCCUCCAGCUCCCUGGGCCCCAGGACCCCCUUCUCGUCGGUGCUCACCCUCACCCCACGGCCCCAGGACCAUGGCACCAGGCUCACCUGUCAGGUGAAGUUCCCCACAAGUGGGGCGAUGGUGGAGCGGUCCAUCCUGCUCAAUGUCACCUAUGCUCCACAGCACGUGGCCAUCAGCAUCUUCCAAGGAAACAGGACAGCCCUCAAGAUUCUGCAGAACACCUCGUCCCUUCCCGUCCAGGAGGGCCAGGCGCUGCAGCUGCUCUGUGUUGCUGACAGCAACCCCCCUGCACAGCUGAGCUGGUUCCGGGGGUCUCCCGCCCUGGAGGCCACCCCCAUCUCGAGCACCGGGGUCCUGGAGCUGCCUUAUGUAGGGGCAGCAGAAGAAGGGGAGUUCACCUGCCGGGCUCAGAACCCACUGGGCUCCAAAAAUAUCUCCCUGAGCCUCUCUGUGGUCUCCCCCCCGCAGCUGCUGGGCCCCUCCUGCUCCCAGGAGGACGAGGGUCUGCGCUGCAGCUGCUCCUCCAGAGCCCGACCAGCCCCCUCUCUGCGCUGGCGGCUGGGUGAGGGGCUGCUGGAGGGGAACUUCAGCAACACCUCCUUCGAGGUCAGCUCCAGCUCCGCCGGGCCCUGGGCCAACAGCUCCCUGAGCCUCCACGAGGGGCUCAGCUCCAGCCUCAGCCUCAGCUGCGAGGCCCUGAACGUCCACGGGGCCCGGAGCGGGUCUGUCCUGCAGCUGCCAGGUAAACCACAGCCCAGGGCUGGCAAGGUCCUGGGAGCUGUUGGGGGAGCCGGCAUCACGGUCCUGCUUUCUCUCUGCCUGUAUCUCAUCUUCAGGAACGCCAGCCCCAGUUUUGGACGGACACCCCUGCAGACCACCCCGCCCCCGCUGGGGCUGGCCCCAUCUCAAGAAAUGAACAAGAGCUUCACUAUGCUUUCCUCCAAUUUCACAAGCCGAAGCCUCAGAAACAGGAAGGCACUCACACUGAGUACUCAGAGAUCAAGAUACACAAGUGAGGGAUUCUUUUCUCAUGGUCUGGAGCCUGGAAGUCUGAGAUCAAGGUGUCGGCAGGCUUGGUUCCCUCCGAGCCCUCUCUCCUUGGAUUGGAGACAGUUGUCUUCCCCCCAUGUCCUCAUAUGGCCUCCCCUCUGUGUAUUUCUGUGUCCUAAUUCAUUCUUCUUAUAAGGACACAAGUUUUCAGCCUGUAACACUCAGUCUCCAAUCAUUUAAAAACAAAUGGCCUUCUUGGCGGUGGUCAGGAUCCCCUGGUAUGGGUGGAAGACCAUAGGACUUGUGACCAAAGGUUGUUGUUGUUCAGCUGCUAAAAUCAUGUCCAACUCUUUGCAAUCUCAUGAACUGCAGCACACCAGGCUUCCCUGGCUAUCUUCCCUAACUAUCUUCUUGAGCUUGUUCAAACUCAUGUCCAUUGAGUCAUUAAUGCCAUCUAACCGUCUCAUUCUCUGUCAUCCCCUUCUCCUCCUGCCCUCAGUCUUUCCCAGCAUCAGGAUCUUUUCCAUUGAGUCAGCUCUUC